AUGGCCAAUGUCAUUGAUGGAGUUGAGGGACCACGAGUUCAUCAAUCUAUUCGGUUGUUGAUUGACAAACUAGUCGGUCUUUCAGAUGAGAGCAAGGAGUUUCUUUACCACUUACCGGAUGGACGUAUCCUAGAUACGAAAAGCUGGGAUGGCUGGGAUUGGACUCAUGGCGUGGGCUUAUACGGCAUUUGGAAGUAUUACGAACUUACUGGGGACCCUAGACACCUCGGUCUCAUCGAGGCAUGGUUCGCGUCUCAUUUCGACAAGAACAUCAACACCAUGUCCGUUUUCCUUACGCUUGCAUAUGUCUACGAGAAGACUGGCAAUCAAACAUAUCUGCCGUGGCUAGAGGCCUGGGCCGAGUGGGCUUUUCAUGAUCUUCCACGUACAGAGUACGGCGGAAUGCAGCACAUCACAUAUGUUAAGGAGAAUGCCCAACAGCUCUGGGAUGACACCUUGAUGAUGACAGCUUUGCCCCUUGCAAAGAUUGGCAAGCUCCUCAACCGACCUCAAUAUGUGGAGGAGGCGCUACGGCAGAUGUUGAUAUUGAUCCAGUAUCUCUUUGACAAUCAGACGGGCCUCUUUUUCCAUGGAUGGAAGUUCGAGCCGACGGCUGAAGGCAAGACUGGCCACCACUUUGCAGAGGCUCGAUGGGCUAGAGGAAACAGCUGGCUGACCAUUGUCAUUCCCGAGAUGCUGGAGCUGAUCGAGAACGACAGCAGCAGCCCCGCACUCGGGGCAUUACGCUCACAUCUAAUCAACACACUUACGGCCCAGUGCAGAGCACUUGCCCAGCUUCAAGAGCCGGAUUCAGGACUAUGGAGGACGUUGCUAGACGUCCCGAGCUCCGAAGGGUCGUAUCCAGAGGCUUCCGCUACAGCUGGGUUUGCCUAUGGGAUCCUCAAGGCCCGUCGCAAGCAUCUCUUACCAAACGAGACAGGACUGGCUCACCUCUCACGAACAUAUGAUGAAAUUGCGUUGUUGGCAAUUAAGGGUAUAUUGGCUAACAUUUCUCCGGAUGGCGAGUUGCUACAGACUAGUUUUGGGACUGGGAUGGGCGAUACGUUGCAGUUCUACAAGGAUAUACCUCUCACCAGCAUGCCCUACGGUCAGGCAAUGGCUAUUAUCGCUUUAGUAGAGUUUUCACGCAAGUUUUACUAA